UCAACCCCAUGUGAGAAAACAUUAACAGAUACAAGCUUAUUCGAGAAAGAGAGAAGCUAGAUUAUCUAAAGCCAUGGAAUUGAACUGGGUUUUCAAAAAUGUUGGAUUAGCCAUCGCGACGAUGCUUCUCCUGGUCUUGUGUAAAAUAGUUUUAAGCUUCUGGUUAUGGCCCAACAUAGCAUACCAGAAGCUUAAAAGGAGUGGCAUAAACGGCCCUUCUCCAAGUUUUCCUAUGGGAAACAUCACUCAUAUGGUAGCUAUAUCAAAGAAAAGCAAACAAUCUCCCGUUAAUACCAAUUUGACCACCCACGAUAAUUAUUCAACGGUCUUUCCCUACUUUGCUUUAUGGCAGAAAUCUUUCGGAAAGGUGUUUGUGUACUGGCUAGGAACCGAACCAUUUUUGUACGUUUCGGAUGCGGAGUUUCUGAAGCAAAUGAAUGCAGCUGUUCCGGGGAAGAAUUGGGGAAAAUCAAAUCUUUUCAGAAAUGAUCGGAAACCAAUGUUUGGAAGUGGCUUAGUAAUGGCUGAAGGUGAGGAUUGGGUUCGUCAUCGGAAUGUUCUUACGCCAGCUUUCUUACCGGCCAACCUUAAGGCCUUGGCAAGCUUAAUGGUAGCAUCAACAAAUAAUAUGAUAGACCGAUGCACCAACAUUAUCAACUCUGGGCAGCAAGAAAUUGAUUUCGAAAAAGAAAUGAUAACGACAACAGGGGAGAUUAUAGCCAAGACCAGCUUCGGUAUGAGCUACGAGAAUGGUAGAAAGGUGCUGGAGAGACUAAGAGCUAUGCAACAAGCUCUGUUCAAUUCCAACCGUUAUGUUGGAGUACCAUUUAGUAAGUUUUUGUGCCUGGAGAAAUACCGGGAAGCAAAAAGACUAGGUGACGAGAUUGAUGCUCUUCUUCUGGCGCUUAUAGAAGACAAAACUAAAUCAAAGAAAGAUGGAGAUCAAUCUUGUUUUUCUGCUGAUCGUGAGAAGAAUUUGUUGGACAUUAUGCUAGCUGAUUACGAGAGUGCUAAGUCGUUAACAACUAAAGAAAUGGUGGAUGAGUGCAAAACAUUUUUCUUCGGUGGCCAUGAAACAACAGCUUUGGCACUGACAUGGACUCUGUUCCUCUUGGCCGUGCAUCCCGAGUGGCAAAAUCAACUCAGGGAAGAGAUCAAACAAGUUGUAGGAGAUCAAGUUGUAGAUGCCAGCAUGGUUAAUAACCUUAAGAAGAUGGGGUGGGUAAUGAAUGAAGCUCUACGAUUAUAUCCGCCUGCGCCUAACCUACAAAGACAAGCAAGAGAUAACAUUCAGGUAAACGAGGUGAUUAUCCCUAAAGACACCAAUAUCUUGAUUGAUGUUAUGGCAAUUAUGCACGAUCGUGGCUUUUGGGGCGACACAGUCCACCAAUUUAGGCCUGAGAGAUUUGAGCCUGAUAACUUAUAUGGAGGAUGCGAACACAAGAUGGGGUAUGUGCCUUUUGGUUUUGGAGGAAGAAUGUGCAUUGGUAGAAACCUUGCAAUCAUGGAGUACAAGAUUGUGUUAACCUUAAUCUUGAGUAGGUUUUCGUUCUCGCUUUCACCUUUCUACACUCAUUCCCCUGCCAUCAUGUUGUCUCUUAGGCCUGCCAAGGGAAUGCCCCUCGUGGUUCAACCUUUGUAUUAGGUUGGCACUCCGGCAGGUUAGAUUAAUUUUCGAUUGUGUGCUUUCCAAAUAACGUGGACAAUUGUAAGCAGACAUAUUCUAGACCUUGCAAUCUUAGAUUGUCUGUUGCUAAAUAACAUUUCAUAUUAUUACUUAUAUAUGUGUUUCUAGU